AGGAGCGCAGUGAGCUGUGAGACCAGCAGCAGGAGCAGCAGUAUCAGCAGCCACCAACCCGUGGGAAAUUCUGAAAGCCGGCAGACCUCCAUCCCUGCCAGCGUUGCAGCGAGCACUGCGCCUUCUGCUGCUUUUUGUGUCGAGAGUUCUCAGAUGAUUUCCGCAGCUGCCACGAGCGUCCACUCGCCCCAGUGGCUGCAGGGGAAGCUACCCGUUGCCACAGCGCUCCCCACGCACGCAGGAGGGGAUUCCACGAUGAGCACAAAGUUUGGCCUCAAGGCUGCACGCGAUCUCGCAUUCGUAGGGGAAGCGGAAACGAUGGCGCCGUCAGCCACCCCCGAUGCUGCUUCUGCAGGAGGUCGCGAUUCGGAGGCGCCUCAUGGUGGUGGUGGUGCUGCUGCUGCUGCGGCCGAUUGCCGGCAUGCUACGAGCAGUCCAAGUGUUGGUUUGUCGCUUUUAGCGGGUUUGGGGAACGUGUUUUUAGGCUUUGGUGCUUCUUCGAGCGGCUUGCCGGCUGCCACUGCUGCGACGGCUGCGGAGUCGGAGAGUAAGUCGGCCCUUCCUCUAGGCAGCUGCCGUGGGGAGGAGCGGCAGCCUCCUCCUGCUCCGGAGAAGGAGGGUGUUGUUGCAUGCGCGAGCGUGCAGGAGCCGCGCACGUUGCCCUCCUCGGAACCAAGUAUCCCUUGCGGUGUCUCUCCAGCUGCCACAGCUGCGGCGACAGCGAAGGGGGGGGGAGUUGGCCUUCCAGCGCCGGCUGUGCGUAGGGAGGCAGCUCCUUGCACAGCGGAGGGGGGCGAUGUCGGCAGUCAGAGUGCUGCCUGUGGAUCUCGUCUUCCUAGCCUGGCGAGUGACUGCGUGCAUGCGCGGAGUGGCACCUUGCCGCGGCUGGAAAGCCUUGGCAGCAGCGGCACUCCAGCGCGAGUCUAUCGCUGGCAUUCCAGCGGCUACGGUGCGUGGGGUGGGGGCAGCUCGACGCGAGGCGUUCCCUCAGGGGGGGAGGCGCGGGUGGGUGGUCGGACGCACUGUGAGAUGAUGCAAGCCCUCAAGAAACAGGCGGAUAUCAAGGCGUCUGUGGACAAGGCAGUGCUUCUUUUCAACAAGGAAGGAAUCCAUGCCGCUCUGCAGUGUCUCGGAGAGAGGAAGCUCAUCGACAGUCAAGACCCUUCGGCGAUUGCCAGGUUUCUCUACGAAACCCCGGGGCUAGACAAGAAAAAGGUCGGGGAGGUGUUGGGUGGCUGCAGUUCCUUCUCGAUGCUGAUUCUGCAGUCGUUUGCUUCUUUGUGUGACUAUCGAGGUCUUUCCAUCGAUGAAGCCUUGCGUCAAUUUCUCUCGAAGUUUAGGCCUCCCGGGGAGGCGCAGCAGGUGUACAGACUCUUGUAUCGGUUUGCCUCACUGUACGUGCGAGACAACGAAGAGCAUGGGCUGGACCUGGAUACGGUUCACUUCCUCGCCUACGCGAUUUUGAUGCUGCACACGGACAGACACAAUCCAAAAGUAAAGCGGAAGAUGACGAAAGAGCAGUUCAGAAAAAUCGUGGCAGCCGGAGGCGCGCAGCUCCCCGAUGAAGUCGUUGACUGCAUGUACGACCGCGUCGUGAUUCACGAGUUCCGACUGAAUAUUACGGAUACGGACAGGGUGUACAGCCGGCUGGUGAACGAUCCGCGGGCCUUGCGGCAUCUGCCUGGCAGUUUUUCCCGCGGAGUUUCGGAGAGCGGAGUCUCGCCGCCUUCUCAGCUGCUGCAGCAGUCACAGCCGCGAAGUGAGAACUACAGCGGCGUUGGAGGAGGUGCCACGGAGAAUAUGGGUAUGUGGGGGGGGGGCAAGAAGAGCAGCAGCAGCGGCAGCAGCAGCAGCAGCAUGGGGGCAGCAGGCGGGUUGGUGUGUUUGGGGGGCCUGAUGAAUCCGCCUUCGACGUCUGAUGCGUCAGGCGUUCUGGCCACUGGAGAGGAGGGCAGCGGCGCGGACGCGAUGGAGUGUAUAGACAGCACGCUGUUUGUCGAGGGGUCAGUCUUUGUGAAGCUUUGUAGAAAUGGUCGCAUGAAGCGCAGGCUUAUCCGGGUGACACCGGAUCACUGCCUCUUGUUGUGGAGUGCCCCGAAUAGCAGCGCGGAAGAGUCGAGCAGCAGGCAGCCGCCGAGUUCGUUGGCGCUUGAAGAGCUGGUGGAUAUUACCGUGGGGUGUCUGUACACGACGGCAAAGAAGUUUGAUUUGACGGAUGAAAUGGAGGCGCGGUGUGUCAGUCUGCAGUUCCUCUCCCGUCGCCUGGAUCUCUUUGCAGCGGGCCUCUCGAAUUCUACGUUUACGCGGUGGAUAGCCUUUUUUCAUCAAAAAGUGGCGCAGCAGCAGCUGCAGCGGCAGCUGCGGCUGCGGCAGGAGCAGCAGCAAAUGAGUCAUCAGAAGCGGCUCUGCCUCCUCAACGAAAGCAGGGCGCGACGCGAGGCAGCCGCCGCAAGGAAACUGGAAGUGUGGCGUGAUGAAGUCUUGCCUUUCUGGGAUGCCAGUUGGACGUGCGAGGCUAUUCCAGUUGCGGCGCCUUCACGGCCUUCUCCUCUUGCGGUGUUUGUGUCUUUUGCGACGACGACAACCUCCGCGCUGAUUCGGCUUCCGCGGUCGAUGGUCUUGAAGCACUUGAACCGCAGCCACAGACUCGGGCUGCUGCAGCGGAGCACUCCUGCGUCGCGGUGUUUUCGGCGAGACACGGUGUCUAUGAGGCGGCUUCGGAAGGGGGUUCAAGCAAGUGCCACGCUGGCCGUCAGCAUGGGCCGCUCCACCUCCAGGCAGCUAAGGAAACUCGCCUCACUCCCAUCUGCGUUGGGGGGCUGCACUGGCCUCUUGUCGGGCUGUGCUGCUAGGAAUCCGGAGGACGCUGCGCAGGAAGAGGCCUUGCACGCCUUCCGGAGAGACAGUUGCUUUUUCAAGAGCCGGCGAUGUCGCCGCUCCCGCGGCUCCUCCUGGAUCGGGGGGGCAGCGGGGGGGUCUUCCGAAGGCAACAUGUCUGCUCUCGCGCAGCAGACUCGCGCAGUUGGCAGCGCUGUUGCUGCGGAAGCAAAUGCCUACAUACAGCUGAGCCAUCUGGGGUCGACGUGGGUUGGUCGCUACAGUCUCGAUCGAGGAAGAAGGAUGGAUACUGCCACGCAUCCCGCUUUCGUGCGGCUCUGGCUCGGCGGGCUUCCUGGCGAACUACGCGGAAAGAUGUGGCUCAUCGCGCUUGGCAAUGAACAAAACAUUGGCGUGCCGCUCUUGGAUGCCCUCAUUCAGCUGGGCAGACUGCAGCAUACCCCUCCGACCAAUAGGGGCAGCAGGGGCAGCAGCAGCAGGGGCAGCAGCAACAGGGGCAGCAGCAGCAGGGGCAGCAGCAGCAGGGGCAGCAGCAGGAGCAGCAGCAGGAGCAGCAGCAGCAGGAGCAGCAGCAGCAGGGGCAGCAGCAGGAGCAGCAGCAGCAGGAGCAGCAGCAGUAGGGGCAGCAGCAGGGGCAGCAGCAGCAGGGUUGGGGGGGUUCUCGAUUAUGCGAGUGGCUAUGUGCUACCGAGUACGAGUAACUGUGUGCCGUUUUCGACGGGAGGGGUCGCUCCUCCUACAUCGCCUGCCGUAGGAGAAGCUCCCGGAGGAGCCAGCCCGAUUCUAGAGGCACUGAGGACGUUGCCGAUAAGGGGCAUUCCGUAUCUUAUGGCGCGCAAGGUGGGAGAGGGGCCCCUCCUGUUGACGACGGCCCUCGAUGAAUUGCGGGAGGAGGGAACGCUUUCGCACGGCGGGGAUCUAGACAUGGGCAGUGCGGAGGGAGGGGCGGGGGGGGCUUUGGCAGAAGAUAUGUCUGCCGAUAAUUUUGCGCCUGUGGCCGUUCCGGCGGGAGAUUCCAAGAAGAAGGGAGUCUCUCCCUCUCGAGGAGCCGCUGCGGAGCAGGGGAAUGGGGGAGCCGGGGGGGCACCAGUGCCUUCCUCCUCUGCGUUGGCAGUGGCGAAGGCUGCGGGAGGUGCGCCGUUUGUUCCCAAGCCGAAACCGCUACCCAGGCAGCUGUCGGGAGACGCUAAAAGGUUCGAAAGGGCGUGGGUGUUGCCUCAAGACUCGAAGGAGAGUGGUCGGACGGCUUCUUCUAAGGCCACCUCUGAAAAAGGCACGGAACGCUCCGCCGAAAGGGGGCCCCCCCCCCCUCUGCCUGGGGGGGCUGCCGCCGUUUUCCAUCCCAAGAAUCGGGGGCAUGCGGCGCUCUUCGAUCCCCCGCGGCAGGCGUUUUCGCUUCAGGAGACAGCAGGCGCUUCCACGGGGACAGGGAGGGGCGGGGGGUCUAGGGAAAGGCCUUCGUCUGUUGAUGGCGCGAGCGGCCCCUCGAGAGGCUCCUGCAAGAUGCGUAGCGCCGGCACGCUGAGCGUUGCAACCGUUGAAAGGGAGAAGAAAAACGUUUCGGGAGGCUCUCCUGGGGGGGGCAUGAGCGCCUUCCCCGCAGGGUCUGCCUCCCUUGCUGCCGAAGUGGGAAGUGGCGGCUUGGCAGCUGUUGAAUCGCCAGCAGGCCUCCCUGUCGUUGCGCCUUCGCCCGGAGGCGGUGUUUGCGAAAAAGCCGAAAUCACAAUUGGGGAGGGAGUUCGCCUCCUCUUGGAAGCCUACGUGUUGUACAGGCCAGACGUGGGCUACGUGCGUGGCAUGGACUGCCUGGCCGCAAUGCUUCUGUGCUUCCUGCCUUUGGAUCUGGCGUUCGUUGCGCUUGCGAAUUUGCUGCCGUCUUUCCAUCUCUUGGAUUUUUUCUGUCCGGCACUCCCUUGCAACAGACGGUCCAUUGCACUCAAGUUUGACUUCUUCGAGUCGAUGCUAAGGCUGCGAUUGCCGCAUCUCUACCGGCAUCUUGCAGGCCUGCAAGUCAUCCCCGAUCUGUAUCUCAUGAGGUGGAUGGAGACACUCUUCUGCAGAACCUUGCCAUUUGCAACACUGUGCCGAACUUGGGACGGCGUCUUGCUCAUGGGAGAGCCAUACUGCUUCCAAGUGGCUUUAGGGCUGCUAAAGUAUCAUGAGUCGGAGUUGCUCUGCAAUUCUUUCGAGGGUUGCCUCUCCAUCCUCAAUCGUCAUGCCCAACCAACCGCAGACGAAGACGGAACUUUUGAUGCUCCCAGGUUCUUCAAGUGUGUGGAGGUGUGCCGGAUAGACAGCCACCAAUAUGGCCGUUGGGUAGCGAAUCAAAGGAUGAGCGAAGAAAAGGCCGAGCUGCUCGAGCUCGUGGCUUGCAGCACCGUUUGA